CGUUCCUGCCACCCUUCGAAGCUCGGCUGGCAACCGCCCCCCUCCCUCGGAGAGGGGCUGCAAAAAGCCGCCCCCUCUCCGCCGAGAUAUUUUUCUUUACUGUUGAAAAGUAAAGAUUGAAUGCUACUGUGCAAGGAAACGAUCAUGAGUACCAGAUCAACCAAGAGAAACUGGGAAGAAAAACUGAAGAACAUUGAGGAACUAGCAUCUUGCUAUAAACGGAGGCCUCUCUCCUCGUGUUACAAGCCCAAAUUGUCCAAUCCAUUGCAACCAUCUUCCGUUUGGAAGCUGUUCUAUCGGCAGACUCAUGCAUUUAACUUUGCUAAAACUUGUAAAGAGGAUGUUCACGUAUUUGCUUUGGAAAAGUGCGAUGAAAAUAAUCAACGACUGUAUCUUGUGACAACUUAUACAGAGCUUUGGUUUUACUACAGCAAACAUGAAACAAAACUGAAGCAUUGCUAUGAAGUCAUCCCAGAAACAGCUGUUUGCAAACUUUACUUUGAUUUGGAAUUCUACAAACCAACAAAUCAAGGAGCCAAUGCAAAGCAGAUGGUAUCGGAUUUAAUUAAGUUUACAUGUAGAAAACUAGAUGAAUACUAUGGAAUAAAAUGUUCAUUUGAGAAUAUUUUGAAUUUGGAUUCCAGCACUGAAGAAAAAUAUAGCUGCCAUUUAAUAUUUCUACUUGAAAACGCUGCAUUUAAGAAUAAUAUUCACAUAGGUAACUUUUUAAGAACAAUUUUGCAACCUGCUAUUCUUUUAACUAAGAAUAAAGAUACAAUGGAUCCAGAGAAAAUCAACUCUGUUUGUCAGUGUUACAAAACUACCACCAAUUUGCCUACAUGUCUUGAAAACCACGGUUUAGCCAAGGAUGUGUCUCAGAACUGGAAGCUGAACCCUCACAAAAUAUCAAAAAAAGGGACAUCACAAUUGAAAGAAAAUCCAGAUCUUUCUUUUUUAAUAGUGAAUGGUAAACAAGGAGAAAAGCAACUGUUUGUGGACCUUGGAGUUUAUACAAAAAAUAGAAACUUUCGAUUAUACAGAUCAUCAAAAGCAAGACACACUGUUAUUUUGAAUAUUUCAGAAGAUAACAAGUUUGUUCCUAGACCUGUAAAUAAUUCUUGCAUAGAUGAGCAGUAUUUUUUGUCCUCCUUGAUCUGCAAUGUAAGAUUUUCAGACUGCUUAAAAAUUUUGACCUGGGACAACCAAGAGGACGCAAGAGAAACAUCUCUAAGUUUAGAAGGCAAAAUGUCUAGGAGCUGUUUUGAUCCAGUAGGAGGAUACCAUUGUUCACCUUAUCCAGAAAUAGAUAAUUUUGUUCACUCUUUAAUCAACAAAGAUAAUGUUCAAGGAGGGAUAAGAAGAUGGAAUUACUUUUCACUUGAACAGCUUAUUGUAUAUGACAUCUCCAACUAUCGGUGGUGCAGAAAUAUUGGUAGAGCUCACAAAAGUAAUAAUAUAAUGAUUAUAAUAGACUUGAAAAAUGAAAAUUGGUAUCAGAAAUGUCAUGACCCUAUUUGCAGAGCUGAAAACUUCAAGUCAGAAUGUUUUCCAUUACCAACUGAAGUAUGCUUGUCAUUCCUUUUCGAAGAGGAUGAAGAUUAUGUAUAUAUAGUGGAUGAAAAUAGGAACACUGAAGAAAGGGCAAACACAGUUGAUGCUACAGGCUUACUGGACAGAAUACCUGUUGCUUCAGUGCAAGAAAAUAGCAAGCUAAACAAGAAAAGUUCAAAUGUUGAAUGGGAUGACGAGCUUGACACCUGCCUUUUGGAAGCUUCUGAAGAUGUGGAAUUAGUUGAAGCUAUUGAUACUUUUCAUACACAGAAGAACUGUACUGCAGAUGAAUUACCUGAUGAGCUCCUAGCAGGUGUUUUAAGAAACUAUGAAGGAAAAGAAGUGAAGGAAUGUUAGAAAAAUCUUGUGGAUGAAUUAAAUAUCUCAUCAGCCAGAUACAUUUGGCAGUACUGAAAACCCACUCAAAAAAAUUAACUCAAUAUUUUCCUAAAACCACUGCAGUAUUACCUGUAAGAUAAAUUUUGUAUGUUUACUAUGGUUGAUGAAGAAUGAAGACAACUAGAGUUCAGAAGCAACUAGAUGUUAGAAAAGUAAAUUUUACGGUUUCACAAAUAAGGAUUUUAUUGAAUUGACAGAAGCCAGUUAUAAAAAUAGCAUCCUUUUUAAUUCUAAAAAUAGUUUUGUACAAUAAAAUACUAAAAUAUUCAUCACUUUAAAUAAGGUUUCUCUCACCAGAACGAAAGUAGAAUGUACUAGUUUGAUAUAUUAUUCACACAAUUUUAAAGUGGUAAGAUAAACAUUUACAAAGACAAUUCAGAAAAUCCUGUCCUAUCAUUUUUGCUUCACCUUUCUUCUUCAUAUGAAGGCCUUCAAUAAAUGUUUAACUAAAGUAUACAUCAUUACUUUUUAUUUUUGUAAUAACUUGUAAUAAAAAUAUUUUUUUUCAGAAAGUGUAAUGUGCUAUGUAAAUGGUAAUGCAAAUAUGUAAAUAGUAAUGUGAUAUAUUUAGAACCGGCAACUAGUAGCCUGCUUUCUGAGAUAGUUUUUUUUCUUUGAAGUCAACUUAUUUCUUCUUUCUUGGAAAGCAGGAUACGUACUCAACAUGCAGCUACAUGUGCCUUGCCAGAUGAAACCUUUCUGCAAGUAACUAAACGAUAGCA